AUGCAUUUCCAAUACAUUAGGGUUACAUUAUUAACAUAUUCUUUGGAAAAACAUUUUCCUUCACGAGAUUCAGCUAUCUUUAUUGCAUCACUUAAAGAUAAUUUCUUAGUCAUUGCAGUUAAUGAAACUAUACCUUCGAAAAAACAGAAUCCAUUCGCUCCUAAAUAUUCAUUUAGACUACUAGUUGCAGGCACCUCUGAGUCUGGAAAGAUGAGCAUAAUAGUGCAUUUGCUUAUAGGAAGUAAAUAUCCAAAAAUAUAUCCAUGGAUGUCUGGUAAAAAACAUGGUCAUAAAAUACCAAAGGAAGCAAUACAAUGUUUUUAUAAAUUUAUAGCUAUGGAUAAACAAGCUCCAUGGUAUGAAAAUGUGAGAUUCAAGCUGAUCGCACCUGAAGAACUACCUGAUAUUUCAUCUUUCAAAAGAACUAGCCGAUUUACUGUUAUAGUCUUUGAUGAUCUUGCCAGCGAACCUCUGGCAACUCAACUAAAAAUUAUUUCUUUCUUUAGCGAAUUCUUAAAGAUACAUACACAUGAUGUUUAUGAACCUUUAGCAAAAAAAAUUUAUGAAGUAAUAAAAAAGCACUUUGUGGUUAUUGAUAUCCAAAGACCAUCUAAUGACCCCUUAUCAAUUAGAUUUAGAUGGGAUAAGUCUUUAAAGGAUUGGCAAAAUAGUUGA